CUUUAGUUUGCAGGAAUCAGGUAGGUCUAUCAACGACACGCACGCUGUCUGUCAGUUCUGCGUUACCGUGUGCGCCUCUGAGUUUGUUUUAUGGUCAUAGCGAGUUAUAUGAGUUGAUUCACAUUCUUCAUGUCAGUGGUACCAGUGAAGAAACGAGAUUGGUGUUGGUGAGUGUCGGGUGAGUGUGCAAGUUACCGAGCGCUUAAAACACCUUGUUCUGACCCCCACUCUCAUCUUCUGGUGGAAGGCUAAAGCUUGUCCUCUCAAGACGCGGCAUACAAUAGGUGCGGGACCAAGCUCUGUUUUGGCCCUUGUGCUAUCUGUAUAUAUGGAACAGCAAGGAUCUGGGACCCGAUCACAACGGGACAAAGACAACAUGCCCAACCGCCACCAUCUGCCGUGCAUUUACUGCGUAUUACGCCACGCAGACGCGCCUCAUUCGCACAUCGGCGCCCCACCCACACCUAACACGUCCACUUCAGGAUGCGACGCCCGCUCCGGACAUCCCGCCCUCCCUCACCAAGCCUUCGUGCCCUCGGCCACGAUCGACACUCGCGCAGAAGCCACACUUCUACAGACCGUACCCUGCUCCGCGGUGGCGCGGACCAGUCUACCGUGGCAAGAAUUCCACACAGACGACAGCGGCGCCGCUUAUAGACAUUGGAAGACCCGGUUCACCGAUUCCUACACCAUUGCCAGAACCGUCGAUAUCUCGAUGUGGCCCCAUGAUGGCAGGAGUCCAAUCACCGGCACUACAGCAUACUGCUCCGCCGCUCACCCAUCGAAAAGCAGACGCACGGAUCCUUUCAGGCGGCCCGCCGACGGCAAUGCACCUUCCUCAGGAGGUCGAGCCUUCGCCCGGGGUGAUAAUCGAGAUUCGCAGUUAUUGCGCCAGCGAUUUGCGGCCCCAGUACCCAUCCGGCCCUUCAGCCUAACAGUACCCACGGAUCCCACGGCAGAGGUCUCUCUCGGGACCUACCCGGACAAGAUGAUGCCGCCGAAGUGAGUACUGGCUCGGGGCCAGGAUGUUUCUGCAGCCUAUUCUGAGCCGAGUGGGUCUUCACAAUAAUAGAACCA